GUGACGCUCGCCCAGCCAUGUGGGCGGGUCCUGGUGACGCUCGCCCAACCAUGUGGGCGGGACCGCAGCAACGCUGUUGCUGAGGCUUCAAGAUGGCGGAAGCCCUGACAACUCAAGAAGUGCUGGUUGUGGAGGAGUUCCUGAGGGAGCUUCGGAACCAGGAACAGCACACUCAGGUUCUGGUCUCCCAGAGUACCGCUGUUAAGUUCCUGAUGGCCCGCAAAUUUGACGUCUCCAGAGCCAUCGAACUCUUCCAGGCAUACAAGAACACCCGGAUAAAGGAGGGCAUCUAUAACAUCAACCCUGACGAGGAACCUCUUCGGUCAGAGUUGCUAAAUGGGAAGUUCACAGUCCUGCCCGGCCGAGACGCUAAGGGCGCGGCGCUCGCCUUGUUCACGGCCCGUCUUCACAGACCCGACAGCACGUCCCACAAGGCCGUGCUGCAAGCCAUCAUCUACCAGCUGGACAAGGCCAUCGAGAGCAUCCAGACGCAGCGGGACGGCCUUGUGUUCAUCUACGACAUGACCAACUCCACGUACGGCAACUUCGACUAUGAGCUGUGUGUGAAAAUACUCAACCUGCUCAAGGGCGCAUUUCCUGCACGCCUCAAGUAUGUGUUCAUCGUGUCGUCUCCGCUGUGGUUCCGGGCGCCUUUCGCUGUGCUCCGCCUCUUUGUCCGGGAGAAGCUGAGGGAAAGGGUUUGCACGGUGAAGGCGCACGAGUUGGCUGGCUACAUCCCUAUGGAGUCUCUGCCGGAGCACCUGGGAGGAUCUUCCCAGUACAGCCACAUCGCCUGGAUCCAGGCCUGCGUCAACUCCGGCCAAGCUGGGCUGGAGAGCGGGGACGGGGACUGCGUGGGGAACCUGCUCCGCUCCUACUCCAUGAAGCAGCCCUCUUCCGCGGUCGACCCGACCACCGGGGAUGCCCUCAACUCCAAUCUGGGGGACGACAACAGCUGCACCACCAAUGCCAACGUGCAUAAUCACUACCACAGGCCAAGCAGGACUAGCCGGUCGCCCGAGUUCCCACGGGGCCACUGCCAGCACUGGAACGGCGCUGCGCUCACUCAGGGGUCAGGGGUCACGGGGGCCGGGGUGGCGGAUGGUCGUAGGGAGAAGAGGGACUCCGUCCACGGCAGCCCCAAUGCGAACGAGCGAGGUCUCCACCCGCCGCCUCCCCCACAGUCGGACACCCCGCCCGACACGCCGCUGUACCGCAAGUGCGGUGGGGGCUCGGCCGUGACGGAUGGGAUCGCGGCUUCGGGCCAGCGGGACGAGGACGGCGGGGGCCUGGAGGAGGACGAGGCUGGCCUGGACGUGCCUCCCCUGCCGCAGAAGUCCUCACGGCCGGCGCCGGCCCAGAACCUGGGCCUGUCACCCGGACCCGGGCCGGACGCCGAGCAGUCGGUGCACAUGCCCGAGAGCGGUGGCAUGGACGUCACUCAGCUAGUGCAGUAUGUCAAGAAAAAGAAGAAGAAGGGCAUCUACCAGGAGUACGAGGAGAUCCGCAAGGAGCAGCCAUCGGGCUCCUUCGACUACUCUAAGAAACCGUGCAAUCAGGUGAAGAACAGGUACAGCGACGUCCUGUGUCUUGAUCAUUCGAGAGUCAAGCUCUCCCCACUGGAUGAUGACGACGAGACCUCAGAUUACAUCAACGCAAGUUUUAUGGAUGGUUACAAGAGGAGCAGUGCUUACAUCGCCACUCAGGGGCCUCUGCCAAAGACGUACGCUGACUUCUGGAGAAUGGUGUGGGAACAAAUGGUUCUGAUCAUCGUAAUGACGACAAGAGUGGUGGAGCGUGGCCGGGUGAAGUGCGGUCAGUACUGGCCCCUGGACGUGGGCCGAUCUGAGGAGCACGGGCACUUCGUGGUCAGGAACGUCCACAUCGAGAUGUUCCAGGACUUCAAGCUCUCGCACCUGGAGCUUUGCGACAGCCGGACAGGGGAGACCCGGGACGUGGCUCACUACCUGUACAUGAGCUGGCCGGACUUCGGCGUCCCAAAGUCUGCCUCCGCCAUGCUGGACUUCAGGGGCCAGGUCAAGCAGCACCAGGAGGCAGCAUUCCGGGCCAUGCGUGCCGACUGGACGGGUGCUCCAGGGGGCCCCCCGGUGGUGGUGCACUGUAGUGCAGGCAUUGGAAGGACAGGCACUUUCUGCACGCUGGACAUCUGCCUGUCCCGCCUGGAGGACAUCGGCACAGUGGACAUCAAGCAGACAGUGAGGCGCAUGCGCUCACAGCGUGCGUUCAGCAUCCAGACCUGGGACCAGUAUUACUUCUGUUACAUGGCUGUACUGGAGUACGCUCAGCGGCGCCGCCUGCUGGCCCCCGUCGAGUGGUCCGACACCGACCCGGAGACGGACAGCGAGUGAGGGGAACAGGGGGGCCCAAACUGGCCAGAAGGUGGGUCCCAGUGGAUGGGGGGGGGGACAAGUGUCACUCUUGACAGUAAGAACAACCUGAUGGGUUGGUCUGUGUCUCCGAACACCCCUCCCCCCGGUAUGUUUUUCAGUUGUAGCAUUUUACAUUUACUUGCACAAGUGUGACGGACAACUUGAUGUGCCCUUUUUACAUCCACUGUUUCUGCUCCUCUUGUCACGUGGGUUUUUUUUUUUGGAGAAACAUGAAACUUGAAUUUUUUUUAUUAUUUUUUUUGAGGAAAAUCUGUUGGCGUGAACUGUCUGUUUUUUGUAUUUGUUCAUAUGUAAACUAAUCUGAAAGCCAAAGCUGUUGCCUUGAAUGCUUGGAUGUAAUAUUGGUCAUAAUUGUGAAAAGCCCUUGUAUAUUCUUGUAAGAUACAUUUAUAUAUUGUGUAUAAUUACCUUUGACAAAGCCUUGUGUUAAUAUAAAGUACUUAACAGUAACAAAAAUCUAUAGUUAACAUACUCAUGAGAAGUUACUACGCUCUUGUAAACCUGUGUGAGUGGUCGGGUCGCUUCAUAUCAGUGUAUUUUUAGUUUUUUGUUUUUGUCGCUUCUCAGCAAACGUGUGUAAAUUGGCCUCAAACGGCUGACUCCAGUGUCUUACACUGCCUCGCUGCAGCGCCCUCUUGUGGACGGCCGCGUCCCGAGGCUCGCCUCACCUCCCUGAUCCGUGCCUUGUCCCCCCGCAGCGUAGCACGUCCGGGGCCCGGGGCCCCUGCGACUAACCUGCGAUCUCAGGGCUCAGUGUUGCUGGUGUCAAAGUCAUUGCUCUCGGUUAACUUCUGGCAAUCAUUUUACAAACUUUCUUUUUCUGUUUUAUACUGUAUUUUAUCUUGUUUGUCUUUGUAAAACAUUGACAGUAUUGAUAAUGAAUGUUGGUACGAUUCAUAAAAAAAAAAAAAUAUAUUUUACUCGGAUAAGCUAAACGGAACAAGUGAAAGAAUGAGAAAUAUUUUUGGAGUUACUUUGUUUCCUGGAUAAUGUUACCUGCCAAUGCAUUAUGGGAAAUGGAGGCCUAUAAACCAUGAUUGUAGUUUCCUGACAAUGUAAAAUCAACCAUGGUGAUGUUCUUACUAUUAUAUAUUUUUUCCCUCUCAAAGUCCCACUGCUAGCAUUGUGAAACAGGCAGUCAAGCCUGACGCUUAAGUGGUCAUGGGAGGGGGGCACCAUUGGCCACGGUUUAGCCUCCCUAUCGCCAUGACAACAUGGUGCCUCUCCGACCCACACAGGAGGAUUGAAUGUAAGCCACGGUACAGCCUGCGACAUACAGUGGGAGCACAGGAACCGGGAAGAAGGGAACACCUCUCUUCCCAUCGGACCCCCUGUGCUUCCAGAAUGUGACGAGUUGCUGUUUGGGAGCUGGAGGUGGUGGUGAAUACUGCCCCCCCCCUCCAUGUUUAGCAUGGUGGGAUUUAGGAGUUUUCUGCUUGAGGUCACAUGUUUGUUUUUCGAGAAUGGCCUUUUUACUGAAGUCUGCGUAUAGUGUCACAGUAAAAACAUGGAUAUUCUGAAA